UCGCCCUAUUUCCAUUCCAUCUUCAGCAAUUCAAAUUUCCCACAUUAUUUAUAUAUCUCAUCCCUAAAAUUAUUCCCUCUAAUUUGCUCAUCACUCGAUCCGGCCAUCCUCCGAUCAACGCACGCCGCCGCAUUUGGUCAAUCCCCGCACCAUUAUCGCCGCCGUCACCGGCCGAUGGAGAGCAACAAUCAAGCCCAAUCCUCCCCUUACCCUCCUCCCCAGGCCCCCGUCCCGGCCCCUCCCUUCCACCACCUCCUCCAGCAGCAGCAGCAGCAGCUCCAGAUGUUCUGGUCCUUUCAGCGCCAAGAAAUAGAACAGGUUAACGAUUUUAAAAACCACCAGCUUCCUUUGGCCCGCAUUAAGAAGAUUAUGAAAGCCGAUGAGGACGUCCGCAUGAUCUCCGCCGAGGCUCCCAUUUUGUUCGCCAAGGCAUGCGAGCUUUUCAUUCUUGAACUCACUAUUAGGUCAUGGCUCCACGCGGAAGAGAAUAAGAGGCGGACAUUGCAGAAGAACGAUAUAGCAGCCGCCAUUACGAGGACCGAUAUCUUUGAUUUCUUAGUCGAUAUUGUGCCUAGGGACGAGAUCAAGGACGAGGCUGGCUUGGGAGGCAUGGUCGGAGCCACUGCUAGCGGAGUGCCCUACUAUUAUCCGCCUAUGGGCCAACCGGCCGGAGCUCCGGGGGGGAUGAUGAUUGGGAGACCGGCCAUGGAUCCCACCGGAGUUUAUGCGCAGCCGCCGUCACAGGCCUGGCAAUCGGUGUGGCAGACCGCGGCGGAGGACGGUUCUUACGCGAGUGGGGGCAGCAGCGGGCAGGGCAAUCUUGAUGGCCAGAGCUAAGCAAAUUCUUGUGUAGAUGAUCGAUCUGCUGUCUGGUGCAAUGAAAAAAAUGAUGCUGCGUUUUGCUGAUUCUGUCCAGGGCGUAAAAGAAGUGUAUUUUUCCUUUUCAGUUUCCUUAUUUUCGAACAGGGUUUAACUUUAGAAACUUGUAAAAACUUUAACUGGAUACUGUGAAAUCGACAUCUACUUUCGUUAACUUGCUGUUUCUGCUAGAUUCUAUGCUCUGCUGAUAUGAAUUGGCUUUUAACCAUUUGGUUAAGAUUAA